GACUAAGGUUUAAGCAGUACUUCAAAAAUGAAUUUGAAAAUAAAUACCAGUUCAGCUAAUCCUGAGGUCGAAGAUGAUCAGCCUGUAAGCCCUCAAGCUCAGUAUCUCAACAGUGAAGUUCUUUGUAUAAGCAUUCUCGCGGUUUUUGAGUCGGAGAUCCCCAUUGAUGACUCUCAAGCUACGUGCACGUUGGAGAACCUCUUCUUGCCCAUAAACCCUCGGUUCUCUUCGAUUAUGGUGAAGGAUGAGCAUGGGACUUCAAAAUGGAAGAAGGUUCAAAUCAAAUUAGGGGAUCAUAUUAAAACUCCAAUAUUCCCCCCCGGAUUGGAAUUAUACGACGAUUACAUGCAAGAAUACCUAGCGAAAAUCGCAACGGAUCUCUUGCCAGAAGAUAAACCUCUAUGGAACAUACACAUAAUCAAGUAUCCAACGAAGCAGGCAGCUGGUUCUCUUGUGUUCAAGCUUCAUCAUUCACUAGGAGAUGGAUUCUCACUUAUGGCAGCUCUUUUCAAUUGUGCGCAAAGAGCUGAUAAUCCUUCUCUUCCCCUAACCUUUCCUUCUAAUGAAAACCCGAAACCUCAAAAAUGGGGAGCUUAUAGAUUCGUGUCUAAGGUUUUCUCAAUGUGCAUCAAUACCGUGAAGGAUUUCACUUGGAGCCUUUUGAUGAGUAGCGUGAUGAAAGAUAGUAUAACUCCCAUAAGGUCAGGGGAAGUUGGUAUAGAGGAUAGACCGAUAACUUUGUCCACCGUCACAUUCUCGCUCAGUGAAAUCAAGCAGAUAAAGGCCAAGCUACAAGGGACAGUGAAUGAUGCGGUAACCGGCAUAAUUUUCCACGGCAUCCAGCUCUACAUGCAAUCUGCAGGCCAAAAAACGAAGCCCGCGAAGGUCACAGCCCUCGUAUUGCUCAACACGAGAGCAAUGAGGACGUACCAACCGGUUGAGGAGAUGGUUCGGCGAGAUUCGCAGGCUCCUUGGGGCAACCAUUUCGCCUUCCUGCACGUUUCGGUCCCCGCACAUAAAGACGCUGAGAGGGCCGAUCCCUUGAACUCAAUACGCCGAGCCAAGAAAACCAUCAAGGCUAAAAGGAACUCGCUUGGGGUUCAUCUCACCGCGGGAGCUCUGGACCUCAUGAGGAAGUUUAAAGGACCUGAGGUUGUUUCUAAGCAAGUAUACAAAACAUUAGCCAACACGAGCAUGGCGAUUUCUAAUAUGAUUGGGCCAAUUGAAAAGAUGCAGAUUGCGAAUCACCCGGUAAAAAGUUUCUACUUCAUGAUGGUGAGAGCGCCACAGUCUCUCACAAUAACCGUAGUAAGCUACAUGGGGAUGAUAAAAGUUGCUAUUGGAGCAGAGAGAGACUUCAUAAAUUCUGAGCUUCUUGUAUCCUGUAUGGAGAAGUCAUUCCAGAGGAUUUUUGAAGAAGCGGUCGGCAAGAGAAGUUAAUGCGUUACUAAAACCAAAUGAUAUUUCUUCUAAUAUUAUUUUUACGGUGAUGAUUCUUGUAGUCAACACCUAAAAAUUUGAGAUAAAAGUUUUGUUGGUGUUGUC